ACAAUAAGACGUGCCAUUGUGUGUAUCAAUUAUGAAACGUGAAAUUAUUCUUCUGCUGUGUGUGGGUUUGCUGCUGACUUUUGUUUCGGCACAAGACGAUCCCGAUGAUCUCGAGGAUCCUGAGGAGGAAACGGACGAUGAGGAUGAUACUAAUACUGAUGAACCAGAUACUCCGGAACCUCCGACUCUACCGCCUGUAACACCACCGCCAGUUACUCCUCCACCAGUAACUCCACCUCCGGAUACUCCACCUCCAGUUACUCCACCGCCAGUGACUCCUCCGCCAGUAACUCCACCUCCGGAUACUCCUCCGCCAGUCACUCCACCGCCAGUAACUCCACCUCCGGUUACUCCACCUCCAGUUACUCCUCCGCCAGUAACUCCACCUCCGGAUACUCCUCCGCCAGUUACACCACCUCCAGUUACUCCACCUCCAGUUACUCCUCCGCCAGUUACUCCACCUCCAGUUACUCCACCACCAGUUACUCCACCUCCAGUUACUCCACCUCCGGAUACACCACCUCCAGUUACUCCUCCGCCAGUUACUCCUCCACCAGUUACUCCACCACCAGUUACUCCACCUCCAGUUACUCCACCUCCGGAUACACCACCUCCAGUUACUCCACCUCCAGUUACUCCUCCGCCAGUUACUCCACCUCCAGUUACUCCACCACCAGUUACUCCACCUCCGGAUACACCACCUCCAGUUACUCCUCCACCAGUUACUCCACCACCAGUUACUCCUCCACCAGUUACUCCACCUCCAUGCGUAACUCCUCCACCAGUAACUCCACCACCCUGCGUGACUCCUCCUCCUCCAGUAACUCUCCCUCCUUGUGUUACUCCUCCACCACCCUGUGCUAUUACUCCAACUCCAGUGACUCCUCCAAGUUGCCCUACUCCUCCUCCUCCAGUAACAUGUCCUACCGUGACAUGUCCCGAUUGCCCCAUAAUAACACCAUGUCCUGCAUGUCCCUCAGUUUUACCAUGUCCCACAUGUCCCCCAUGUCCACCUCCCGAAUGUCCAGUUGUCACAUGUCCAACGGAACCAUCGAGGCCUUGCCUAAAACACGGAAAACAAUGCUCCGAGAAUUCAGAUUGCUGCUCUGGAAAUUGCCGAAGGGCACUAUUUCUUAGCUACUGCUCAGGUUUAUAAAUCUAAAUGUCACAGGAACUAGGAAUUAAAAACAUCCUUCUACGUUCAUCGUAUUUUAUAUUUAUUUGCAAAAAAUAUUUUUUGCCUAUUGUAAUUUUUUCUACAUAUUGUAUUUAAAAAAAAAUGCGGAUAGAAAAAAAUAGGUCUGAAUAAAUUAUUCACCUCUACAACUAGAAAUGGAACAAUUGUUUUUUUCUACUUUUUCAACAAUAAACUUUUUUACCUAUA